CCAGGCAGGUGUUCAGCUCAUACUGUGUGAGAGAGAUAGAGAGAGGGAACCAGGGAGAGAGAGCGCAAGAGAGAGAGCGAAAAACAGUGAGGACAUGGUAAAAGGCUAAAGGGCUGACUGAGAGGAAUAUAUAUAUAGAUAGAUGAGGAGAUAGAAGGAGGGAGGGAAGGCUGGAGGCAGACGACACAGAGAGAGAGAGAGAGAUAUUGUUGUGAGAAUUACAAGAGAAGCAGACUCAGACUCCCAGACAGUGAAAGAAAGAGGGAGAUAGAAAGAGACGUGUACACCAUGCUAAGGAGGAAGAGGAGCGUGUCCUUCGGAGGGUUUGGAUGGAUUGACAAGAGUACUGUCAGUGCACUCAGAGCACGGAAGCAGGAGAGAGAGCUGCUGACCAUCUCUAACGUUCCCCUAGCAGACUGCCCCCCCUCUCCCCCGCGCACCGCACCCCCCACCAUGAAGUCUGCCCAUUUCUUUGACAUGAUGGAGAAAAUGGAGCAGGUACCAGAGGUAGCAGAGAAAACAGUGGCUGGUCCUCAGAGACUGAAGGAUGACUACAUCCCAUACCCCAGGAUAGAGGAGGUGCUGGAGAGGGGUGGUCCGUACCCCCAGGUGAUCCUGCCGGAGUUUGGGGGAUACUGGAUCGAGGACCCUGACGCCCUCGUCCCCCCAACCCCUUCUCUGUGUGACAGGGGGGACGAUGGAGGGGGAGGAGAAGGGGAAGAGGGGGACGCUGCCCAAGUGGGUUAUGGGUACCGGCUGGAGAGUAACGACGCAGCACGUGCCUACAGGAAGCACUUCCUGGGCAAGGAGCACUUGAAUUUUUACUGCGUGGCCAGUAGUCAUGGCAACCUCAUUAUGUCUGUGAAACACGAGGAAGUGAAGGGUCAGGAGUAUAUACACGUCAUCCUCAGGUCAAGGAUGAAGACAAUGUAUGAUAGGAUCUCUCUAGCAGAACUUCCUGAGCUGCCUAGUGUCCCUCACCUAGCCAAGCUGCUGUGUGAGGAUGCUGUUGGUCUCCGGUUCAGUCCAGUUCUGUAUCCCAAGGCCUCCCAGCUUAUAGUAAGCUAUGAUGAACAUGAGGUGAACACCACCUUCAAGUUUGGGGUCAUCUACCAGAGGUUUGGACAGGUUUCGGAGGAGGAGUUGUUUAGAAACAGUGAGGAGACGCCAGCCUUCACUGAGUUCCUCAGUUUACUGGGAGAGACUGUAGACCUACAGGACUUUAAAGGCUUCCGUGGUGGUCUGGAUGUAUGUCAUGGUCAGACAGGUUCACAGUCAGUCUACACAGACUACAGAGAACAGGAGAUAAUGUUCCACAUCUCUACCAAGCUGCCCUACACAGAGGGAGACACGCAACAGCUCCAGAGGAAGCGACACAUAGGAAAUGACAUCGUAGGAGUGGUGUUCCAGGAAGAGGCCACACCCUUCGUAGCAGACAUGAUUGCCUCAAACUUCCUCCACGCCUUCAUACUGGUGCAGGUGGACAACCCCUGUACCCAACACACCACCUACAAGGUGUCAGUCACUGCCCGAGAGGAUGUUCCUUCAUUUGGCCCACCCCUCCCCAGUCCAGCAGUGUUUAAAAAGGGUCCAGAGUUCAGAGAGUAUCUGCUCACCAAGUUGAUCAAUGCAGAGAAUGCCUGCUACAAGAGUGACAGAUUCGCCAGGCUGGAGGAGCGGACGCGGGCGGCCCUGCUCGACGGUCUACAUGACGAGCUUUACAGACACACCCAGCACAUGCUGGGAGUGGGCGUCGGCCCCGAGGAGGAGCGGGCGGAGAACGGCCACGGCCACGGAGGUCUGCUGGAGUCCAUCAAGAGGGCGAUGCGAGGAAGGAGUGUCUCCAUGGAGAUGAUGGCAAAGGGUGGAGGAGGUGGCAUGCCCACCAGUCUGAGUGGAGGGGUUCUGCCCCACAGCAGCUCUGAUGCGACUAAUGUUAAGUCUCCAGUGAAACGUCGCUCUGGUCUUUUCCCUCGCCUGCUCAGUAUAGACAGCCAGACAGAGAGACAUAACCACAAUCAUCGCAGUCUCCAUAGUGACCAGAGAAGCUUUGAUACUGGCCACCCUACGCAGGAUGUGAAGUCAGAGACCCUCUCUAACCCCAGCUCUCCAGAGGCCUGCCCUAAGGAAAGGCCCAGCAGUGUAAAGUUGAAUGAGUGCAGUGCCAGCAGGACUAACGUCUGCUGCUCCUCAUCUAGUACGAGUAGCUUCAGCAGCGCAGCAGGAGAGGGAGAGGCCACCGACACUGACCCUAACACUCUGGCACCCUCAGUGUUCCCCUCUGUUCACAGCCCCUCCCUCACUGUUGAAGGUCAGAGUUCAGGGACCCCUGUCAUUAUGUGCCGCAGCCCCACAGAGUUAAAGAAUAAGAGCUCUCCUAGGUCCAACUUGAAGUUCCGUUUUGACAAAUUGAGUCACUCUGCAGCAGGACACUAGGUGAGAAACUAGGGAUGAAAGAGAGAUUAAACAGUUCCAACAGGAUGGAGGGAUGAAGGAGAGUACAUUAGGGAUGUGUGGAGAGAAAUAACAAGAGAGAGAGGAUUAAAGAAGAGAAGUGGCUCAAGAUGGAUGAUUCAGUACACACUACAGAUGUACAGUGGAAGUUUUAGACCCAGGCAAAGCUGUGCUCUGCCUAGUGGGUAACGGUUCUUUCAUAUUCAGCAGUCUAUGUGGGUGUUUCCUGAACACUGAUCAAAGUUCUAUGAGUGGCUCUAACAUCGGUCCUUGUCAGCCACUGUACUGCAUUCAAUACCACACAGAACUGGAAGGCAUAGAUUAGAUUCCACAUCACUAAGGCCAGGAAUUUUUCCUGACCAGGAAAAGCUCUGGCCAUAGGCAUCACCAAUGGAGGCAAUAUUGAUGUCAAGACCGCCAUCUUGGAAAAAUAGAAAAAUAAUAAUGGCUUGCCGUACAAAAUAAAAUGUUACAAUCUGAGGGUCCCUGGAAUUUCUACACUGAACAAAUAUAUACAUGCAACAUGUAUAGUGCUGGUCCCAUGUUUCAUUAGCUGAAAUAAU